AUGAACCACGACUUUAGCUUACUGGAGACUAUCCUAUUCACCCCUCAAGAAGGAUUUUACCUCCUUGAUCUGCACAUUACACGCUUACUCAAAUCCGCAACUGAUUACCGCGCCUUGGCCGCCGACUGCUUCGUGUCUCCGCCAACCCCUCAGCAAAUAACAGACGUUCUUAACGCCCACUUGAAGGACCGUUCUUCCUAUCAAAGGGUCCGCCUUUUACUGAAUACCGCUUCUCAACUUACAGUAGAAGCGACACUGCUCCCGGAACCGACUCUUUCCGCUGAGAACCUUCACCUGGCCGCUCUGAAAGUCCCAUUGAUCAACGUUAUUCUAGACACACAACCAAUACCUUGCAUCACCGACUUUUUUUUGCGGCACAAGACGACACGAAGAGACUUGUACAACAAUGCACGUGAGCGAUUGAAUUGUAGUUUUCACGUCUCCAACGAUCGAGAACCCUUUGAUGUCGUGCUUUGGAACCAGCAGCAUCAAGUCACAGAAACCAGUAUUGCCAACAUCGCCGUCGGGGAGCCAAUAAACGAUACCUGGAACUGGAAAACACCUAUGACUGAUUGUGGACUUCUUGGAGGCGUUUUUCGACAAUACCUGUUAUCUACCGGCGAAGUAAAAGAAGCCAUUAUUACGGUGGAUGAUCUCGUGCAUGCUCAACAGAAAGGCCAUGAUCACAUCAUGGUUACUUUGCGUGCUCAAGAGCAACAACAACAGCAGCAAGAGUUCGAUGCGACAGUGGACGAGCAGCAACCAGUGGAUGAAAUCCAAUUAUACCAAGAUGCUCGAUAUAUCUCGGCGCCUAAAGCGAUCUGGCGCAUAUACUCCUUUUCCCUCCACCAUCGGUCACCGGCAGCCAUGCAGCUAGCUCUGCAUUUACCGACCGCCGGCAAGCGUUCUUUAACGAGGAUGAUACCCUAA